GGGGAGAGCGCUUCCGGGCGGCCGGUGGGAGCCGUUGGAGAGCUGUCGGGGAGCUGGCGUCGCAGGGAGCACAGCAUUGAAGAAUGUCUGGAAGUUUCUACUUCGUGAUAGUUGGCCAUCAUGACAAUCCCAUAUUUGAAAUGGAGUUUCUGCCACCUGGAAAAGUAGAGUCCAAGGAUGAUCAUCGCCAUCUCAACCAGUUCAUUGCUCAUGCUGCUCUUGACCUAGUAGAUGAGAAUAUGUGGCUUUCUAACAACAUGUAUCUGAAGACUGUGGACAAGUUUAACGAGUGGUUUGUUUCUGCUUUCGUCACAGCUGGACAUAUGAGAUUUAUAAUGCUUCAUGAUGUAAGGCAAGAAGAUGGCAUUAAGAACUUCUUCAAUGACGUAUAUGACUUGUAUAUAAAGUUUGCAAUGAAUCCAUUUUAUGAACUCAAUUCUCCUAUUCGAUCUAGUGCCUUUGAAAGGAAGGUACAGUUCCUUGGGAAGAAACACCUUUUAAGCUGAACAAAUACAUUUGAGUGAGUGCUUUGCCCUACUUUCCUGAU